UAUUUUUUAAUUUUAAAUUAACCAGUGAUUAAUGUGAACAUUAACUCAUCAAAUCAAUUUAAUCAUUUAAAAUUGUUGAUUAUCACUUGCUUUUUCCCGCCGUAACCAAAUAAAUACUCGUUACUUGUACUCGGAUUUUGUGGAUAUCUCUGAGUAUGAUGAAGAGAGUGAGAUGAACAGAUCAAAUCAGCCUGUGUGUUUCCAUCAAAUGAAAAAUUAUUAUUGACUAAUUAUUUUAUCGUGUAAAUUAUUAUUCUUAUUAUUUAUUACAUCAUACCUUCUUUAAUUCAUCAGUUUAACAUGGAUUUGAUUGGAUUUAUGGAUAUAUCUUCUUAUGUUUCGAAGUGCAUUGCUCUGUGUCCACAGAUAUUCUAUUGAAAAAAAAUCUUGAAUCCUCUUUCUCUAUUAAUCUUUAUCUCUCUCUCUCUCUCUUUCUAUUUUUUCUCUUUCCCUCCCUCUCUUUCUCUAUCUUUUUCUCUCUCUCUCCCUCUCUCUCUCUGUAUUCAUCUCUGACUCUUCCAAAGUGAGGGAAACCCACACACAGGAGAGAGGAGAGAGAGAAAAUUCACUAUUUUGUUAGGCAGGUUGUGCAUUUAAAUUUUGGUUGUUUUUCAUCUCUCUCUGUCUGUUCAUCUUUCUGUUGUCUGUCUGUCCUUUUCUUUUUCAUCUUUCUCUCUCCCCCUUCUCCUUCUCUCUCUCUCUCUCCCUCUCUCUCUCUCUUACCUGACUUUUAUCUUUAUCAUUAUUAUUAGCGUUAUUGCCAUUAUUUAUGUUUUUAUUAUUAUUCUGAGCCUAAGUGUAUAUGAUUUUAUUUCUGUUGAGUGAAGUGUUUUACAAAUAAAUUUGUUUUUGGAUAAUAUUCACCUUUCUCCCUCUUACAAACAAACCACAUCUUCUCACCAUCAGCUUCACCAUCUCUCACUUUCUCUAUGUGUCACUGUGCUCACUAUUGAUACAUUUUGGUUUUUCAACUGGUUAUCAUUAAAUUUAAUAACCAAAGCUGGCUUCAGAUACCCAGCAGCGGCGACAAAGUAUCUUGGCCAAUGUUAUGGGGUGCUUUGGAGGUAAUCAGGCUAAAAAUGAUGCUGAUGAAGAUAAAAGAAGGAAAGAGGCCAACAAACGGAUAGAGAAACAAAUUCAGAAGGAUAAACAAGUUUACCGGGCCACCCAUAGAUUGUUAUUAUUAGGUGCCGGUGAAUCGGGUAAAAGCACAAUUGUAAAACAGAUGAGAAUAUUGCAUGUCAAUGGAUUCAGCGAAGAAGAAAAACGACAAAAAAUUGAGGAUAUCAAGAAAAAUAUUCGCGAUGCAAUUUUAACAAUCACCGGUGCAAUGAGUACAUUAGUACCUUGUGUUCAACUUGAAAAUCCUGAAAAUCAAUGGAGAGUCGAUUAUAUCCAAGAUUUCGCAAGUCAACCUGAUUUCGAUUAUCCUCCUGAAUUUUAUGAACACACCGAGAUUCUUUGGAAAGAUAGGGGAGUUCAACAAGCAUAUGAACGCUCUAAUGAAUACCAACUUAUCGAUUGUGCAAAAUAUUUUUUAGACCGAGUUCACAUUAUAAAGCAACAAGAUUAUACACCAAAUGAACAGGACAUUUUAAGAUGUCGUGUUUUGACAUCAGGAAUAUUCGAGACCAAAUUUCAAGUCGAAAAAGUUAAUUUUCAUAUGUUUGACGUCGGUGGUCAAAGAGACGAGAGGCGUAAAUGGAUUCAAUGCUUCAAUGAUGUCACUGCCAUUAUUUUCGUGACAGCCUGCAGUAGUUAUAAUAUGGUGCUUAGAGAAGACCCAAAUCAAAAUAGGUUGAAAGAAUCUCUGGAUUUGUUUAAAAGCAUUUGGAAUAAUAGAUGGUUAAGGACUAUAUCUGUCAUCCUAUUUUUGAAUAAACAAGAUCUACUAGCAGAGAAAGUUAAAUUAGGAAAAUCCAAGAUUGAAGAUUAUUUCCCUGAAUUCACCCGAUAUCAGGUUCCGCCUGAUGUUUCAGUUGCAAUUGAGCCAGGAGAGGAUCCGGAAGUUGCAAGAGCCAAGUAUUUUAUAAGAGAUGAGUUUCUGCGUAUAAGCACCGCAAGCGGAGAUGGAAAACACUACUGCUACCCUCACUUCACAUGUGCUGUUGAUACUGAAAAUAUUCGCCGUGUAUUUAAUGAUUGUCGUGACAUUAUUCAGAGAAUGCAUCUUCGCCAGUAUGAGCUAUUGUGAUGUAUUGCCAUCAUGUUAAAAACGAAAGACUAAAGAAAUUUUGUACAUAUAUUUUUCCUUCUGUCCGUCUAUUCUCCUGCUCUCUAUCUUUUCUUGCGUUCUUUUUACCUCCUUUUCCUCUCUGUCUCUCUUUCGCUCUAUUCAUAAAUCUAUCUCUAUCUCUUUCUUUCAACCAAAACAACAAACCAAAUCUACGUCAUUUUUAGAGGAAGUGACCGUGCCCAUGGAUGUAGGAGACAAAUUGUUUUAAGCGCUCUACCAAAAUAACCAGGGGCUACAACAAAAAGCACAAUCUCUCAUCUUUAUUACCACUCCAAAAGAAACAUUACAAAAUAUCAAUUUUUUCCCCAAUUUUCAAUCCAGUUAUAGAUUUCACAAUUCUUUAUCCUUUGUUUUAAGUCAAAACUACCUUUUGCAAACUAAAAAAAAGUUUUAUGUUUCUUUUAGAAUGGUAUGUACAGCAUUAUCUCCAUCCUUUCUUUCAUUCUCUCUCUUCCUUUGUCACCUAAUCUUUCAUUCUUGAAACAUCCUCUCAGCUCAUCUGACAACAUUAGUGAACCUCUUCAUACGAAAAUUAGUCUGAGAAAAAAAACAAACACGAGAAAUAACACAGAUUUUACCUACAUUCAUCAUCAAAAUGGAAUGAAGAAACAGACGCUAAAUGGAAAUAAAAUUUAACCGAAUUGGUAGCCACAAUGUGCAAUGUCAAUUGAUUAAUCUGUUUCUUUUUUAUCACUCUCGCUCUCGACUCUUUUCCGGAAUAUUUUUUUGUUUCUGUUCUCCAUAAUUCGUCCUUUCAACAAUGAUGCAUUUUUACCAUGAAUUACAAGCAUUUCACUCUUGGACUUUACCAUCAUCGCCCAUUUUAAAAGCAGAAUCAUUGAAUUGUGAUUCCAUUCUCUGGAUAAUGAUUUGUUCAUAUUGACAACUCUUUUUUUACCGUUGAAGCAAACUAAAUUGUCAGAAGUCUUCAAAUGUCAACGAGCAAGAAAAUAAGCAAUCCAAAUAUCAAAGCCAAGGAAAACUGUAGCAUUAAAUUGUAUCCAUCAAACAUCACUUGUAAAUCUUGAGUUAUACUUGAUUACCAACGAACAGAGAAAGAGGAGGAAAGAAAUGGAGAAAGACAAUUUCAACUAAUUUCGGUUAUUAUUGAAUUAACAUGGCUGAAUGAGAGCUUCCAAUUGAGGAAGGAACCCUUGAAUUUUAGUUUAAAAGAAAGGGAAUCCUGGUUAAUCAUGGUAAUCACUAUCCCAUGAUAUUACUUUCAUUUUAUGCUUCCUUAAAGUAAUUAAGAUGUGGCAACUUUAUCAGCAAAAAGUAUCUACAUCAUCAACUCGAUUAUUCAACAAUUUGAAACCAAAAAAUCACCAUCAAUGUGUCAAUUUACACCUUCAUUAUGGAACAUUGGUUUGUUUUCAGUGUGAAACCUGAAAAUCGAUGAAAUCAGCCUGCAAAAUGAGUUUGGCAAAUUUGAAAGGAAAGAGGAAAGAAAGAAUUUUUUUAUACAUAUAUUUGUGAGAAUAAGAAUGAGCAAGAAGCCGAGUAUUUGUCAAAUCUCACUGAUUUUUCAUUAAUUAAAUUAUACAAAUAGCUAAAUAAUAUUGGCAACUUUAAACGCACCUUCAACCAACCGUUUGACCGACAAUAACUCAACAGUGAAGCAAGACAAAAAACAAUGAAACUUCGGAAUAUUUGGGCCAUCGAACCAUCGCCAGCAAAUAGAGACAUUUACAUAAUUGUGACUCAAAACGACAUUAAUACUAGAUCAACACGAAAACAUUACAAUUAUGUAAGCUUCUCGUCUUUUCUUUCUUUGUCACUCUUUCUCUUCUCGAUCAUUAUCUUGUGGAAUCCAGAUGCAGAUGGAUAUGAAACUGAAGAGUCCGUUCUUCGCCCAUCAAACAGUUGUUAACCAUCAAUGGAUUAUGUAUUGAACCCAUUUUCUGUUUCUUCUUAUUCAGCUUCCCAUUUUGUUAUUCAUUGCAAUAUAUUGUUUCUUCUUCUCUUCUUCGUCUUCUUUCCUCCUUGAAGCUCUGAAUGGUCAACAACAGCCAAUGGAAUGUUAAUUCUUUGUUCAUUAGAGCCUGUGUCAACUCACAAUUUAUACUUUUAACCCGUAAAUUAAUUAAAAACUAAUUGUGAUUGUUA